AUGCGUUCAGAACCCACCAAUUUUUGGUCCAGGAGGAUCCACGAAAACAUGGUAAUGAACACCGAGAGGGAGUUCCUUUCUUUUCAGCUUUUGGGAUAAUUGUUGCUGAUAUCUCAUGGAUAAACUGUAAAAGAGAUCAACAACCAUGGAGGAGGAAUUUGCAAAAUACCUUGUCUCUGCUUCUGAAAAUCUGCUACUCCAAUAUGGGCAAACCGCCGAUCAAAAAGAUGUAAAGAAGCUGCGAAAUCUCGUUAUGGUCAGGAUACGCACUCAGUAUUUAUGCAAUCUAAAAGAGAUGCAGUACUGUGUUUCACUUAAAAUAUGUGAUUUGUCUGGAAAUUUCAUUAUGAAUAUUGAUGCACUUGAGUCUUGCACUAAUUUAAUUAAACUGGAUCUUCAUAACAACCAGAUAGAAGAGCUUCCGGGCCCAAUGUUUUGGGUAAACAUGGCAGGACUGCAACUUCUGUAUCUUCAUAAUAAUAGCAUUUCAGCACUGGAAAAUGUGCAUUCGUUAUCUUUCUGCCCUAAUCUGAUUGCCCUCACCUUGUUCAACACUCCACUGUGCCUGAAAAUAGCAUAUAGGCAUAUUGUUGUAAACAGCAUCUUUUCACUCAAGGCGCUGGACUACUAUGUUAUUUCUGAUGAGGAAAUAAUAGAAGACUGGAAGCUUCCUGAAAAAUAUAAACCCUUUACGCCUAGCUUUUAUAUUGAUAUUUGCCCUACUUCUGGAAAGGAAACUACAUUUCAGGAAGAAAUGAAAAUGGUAAAAAAGAUAAUUUCCAAAAUCAAUUACAUCCUAUGUUUUCAUUCGCCAGUCCUGAUUAUUCAGAAAUGGAUAAGAGGAUAUUUAAUUAGAAAAGUAUUGUGCCUGAUUCCUCUGCAAGACGUUCUGCGAUAUAAACGUUACAUGAGAGGUGGACUAAAGCUACCACCUUUAGGAUCUGAUAGGGGUGUGAAGCAGACAGCUUUGACUAAGAUGGAACAGCAUGCCGGGUUCAAAACGUAUGCAUCUGGUAUCCCAAUUAAAGAAGUGAAAGAUCUUAAGGAGCUACAUUUAUAUUUGAGAAGAUUAAAAUAUCCCAUUAUCUCGAAAUUACUCAGAUUGGAAGAAAAGAAAAAAAUGAAAGAAAAGAAAAAAAUGAAAGAAAAGAAAUCCAAAAGGUCACCAAAGAAGGAGCUCUUGGGCUGGAAGGAACCUGAAGUGAAAGCUGAUGAGAUGGCGAUGAAAUUCAGGCUUUCCAUACGUAGAAUGCAUUUUUAUUCAUUGCAUGAUGAGCUGCAGUUGUGUCGAGAGAGAGACAAAGAAAUUUUUGACGCUGUACAUGACUUGCGUUACUUCAUGCAGCCUAUAACUCCAACUAAGCCUAUUCAUGAGCCAGUGAGCAUAGAUAAGAGGACCUUUGCUAAAGCAUUUGGAGCUGUCAGACUUCGCCCCUUGUGUGCUAUUGAUAAAGCAUACUUGGAAAGUCAAAAGUUGGAUGCUGAGCUUAAAAAGGAGCGGCAUGUCAUGCGGAUGCAGAUUAUUAAAUGUGAAGUUACAGACUACAUCCAUCGUUUACAGGAAGAUAAAAUGGAGAAAGUUCAGAUGGAAAGCGAAGAGGAAAAGCUCAUGACUAAAGAUACUCUGGAAGAGCAGAAGCACAAAAGAUCAAAGUCAAUUAAUAAACUAAAGCAAAAGUAUACCAAUUUUGCAAACACCAGGAAGAAAAAGACAUUUGAAAAUACAUUUGUUCAGCGCUUCAGCACUCAACAUCUUUCUUUGACAAAUGGCUUAUUAAGACUCGAUGGAUGGAGGAAGAAUGAAGAAUCUGUGAAGGAACGAAAAGUUGUAGUUAAAGGAAUUAUAGAAGAACAGAAGCAGCGAAGAGAGAUGUUCGAAAAUUUCCGCGAGGAGAGGCAAGAUAUGUUGCAAAGACAAAACACAGAUGAAAAACAGUUUAGGAACUGCGUGGCCCACGAAAUGGCUAGAGAGAGAUACAGACAAGCCAAGGCAAAGGUUGAAGCCAUCAAGCAACCCAGACAGAUGGCACUGUACUCCUUGCCUGUGAUUGGGAGUUCUGGCACUGCAGUGCCAGUCAUAGAGUAUGACGGCUAAGAUGAGAAUCUUACCUGGACAUGAAAAAUGGAUAUGUGAAUAUGGGAUCUGUCCAUGGUGAAAAAGUGUCUGAAAUGGAUAGAAAAUCAAAGUCAUACCUAAUAACACCAAAGAGAAUUGUUAAUGUGAAUUAUUGGAGAUUUUU